AUAAACUGAAAUUAGGCGAACUACUAUAAUUUUUGCAACCAGGAAAUGGUUGCAUAUUGCACCUUUUUUAAAGUAUGAAUGGUUUCAAUAGCGGCAUGGAAUUGUUUCUGAUGAUGAUGUGGAAGUUCGGAAUGCAAUGAUGACACAAUGUUAUGACUAUCACAUUCUGUUCAGAUGAUUUAAUUACCAUGGAGACCAGGUUACCAUGCUCAUCAUCUCAUCUAUCAGCCAGCUCACUCUCUCUUGUCUAUAUGUGGAGACCAGGUUACCAUGCUCAUCUAUUUGGAUGUUCAACCAUUGUUUACCAUAUAUUAAACAUAACUAAGUGCUGGAUUUGACUGUUAGUGGCUACGUGUUCUAGUGUGGACACUAGAGAAGUAUUUCCUGCUUAAUAUGUACUUAGCUGCAUUAUAGUGGUGUUACUGUUCACGUUAUUAUAGACAUUGGUAUUGACGUGACCUUUACCCUCCUGUGGUGUCAUCAGCCAGAGUCGGAGUAGUACGACGUGACACUACCACGUGUUGAGUUGGUAUAUCUCUCUCCAGUAUCCUACCACGUGUUGAGUUGAUAUCUCUCUCCUGUAUCCUACCACGUGUUGAGUUGGUAUAUCUCUCUCCAGGAUCCUACCACGUGUUGAGUUGGUAUCUCUCUCUCCUGUAUCCUACCACGUGUUGAGUUGGUAUCUCUCUCCUGUAUCCUACCACGUGUUGAGUUGGUAUAUCUCUCUCCAGUAUCCUACCACGUGUUGAGUUGGUAUCUCUCUCUCCUGUAUCCUACCACGUGUUGAGUUGGUAUCUCUCUCCUGUAUCCUACCACGUGUUGAGUUGGUAUAUCUCUCUCCAGUAUCCUACCAUGUGUUGAGUUGGUAUCUCUCUCUGUCCUGUAUCCUACCACUACCUCCUGUUGAGUUGGUAUCUCUCUCUGUCCUGUAUCCUACCACUAUCUCAUGUUGAGUUGGUAUAUCUCUUUCCUGUAUUCUACCACGUGUUGAGUUGGUAUCUCUCUCCUGUAUCCUACCACUAUCUCAUGUUGAGUUGGUAUCUCUCUCUCCUGUAUCCUACCACUACCUCAUGUUGAGUUGGUAUCUCUCUCUCCUGUAUCCUACCACUAUCUCAUGUUGAGUUGGUAUCUCUCUCUCCUGUAUCCUACCACUAUCUCAUGUUGAGUUGGUAUCUCUCUCCUGUAUCCUACCACUAUCUCAUGUUGAGUUGGUAUCUCUCUCCUGUAUCCUACCACUAUCUCAUGUUGAGUUGGUAUCUCUCUCCUGUAUCCUACCACUAUCUCAUGUUGAGUUGGUAUCUCUCUCCUGUAUCCUACCACUAUCUAAUGUUGAGUUGGUAUAUCUCUCUCCUGUAUCCUACCAUGUGUUGAGUUGGUAUCUCUCUCCUGUAUCCUACCACUACCUCAUGUUGAGUUGGUAUAUCUCUCUCCUGUAUCCUACCACUAUCUCAUGUUGAGUUGGUAUCUCUCUCCUGUAUCCUACCACUAUCUCAUGUUGAGUUGGUAUCUCUCUCCUGUAUCCUACCACUAUCUCAUGUUGAGUUGGUAUCUCUCUCCUGUAUCCUACCACUAUCUCAUGUUGAGUUGGUAUCUCUCUCCUGUAUCCUACCACUAUCUCAUGUUGAGUUGGUAUAUCUCUCUCCUGUAUCCUACCACAUGUUGAGUUGGUAUCUCUCUCCUGUAUCCUACCACUACCUCGUGUUGAGUUGGUAUAUCUCUCUCCUACAUGGCUGGACACCUUUUUUAUUUCUUAGUUUGGAAGCGAAGGAAAUUCAUAUUGAAACGUGUGUGUGGACAUUCCUUGUCAAGUUACCGCCCCGCAGUAUGAUUUGAUUAGCAGCCAUUUUGUUAAUGAAACGUUAAGGUGUUGGUGGUUGGUUGAUGUGUACUGUAGAGGUAUAAACCCAUGUUCUCUCCCCAGCCCAGAGGACUGUAAUGUUAAUAUGGACAAGCCCGUCCUCAGGAAGUUUGAAGGCACCUUCCUCCGCAGCCUGGCCGCCACCCAGUGGGAGAAGAAGAGUAGGAGUCAACACAAGAAGCUCCAGGAUAGGCUGUCCCAGGAUGACGUCAUAGUCACGUCCACCAGGGCAGAGGAGGAGGAGACCUCGCCUGCAGACAGCAGCCCCAGUACACCCACUGAAGCCCCAUUCCAGGCCAGCGGUGCAGGAACAGAUCCCCAGCCAGAGCCCCACACAGGGGGGCAGGUCUCAGGAGAGACUGGCCCCAUCCAGAGCACCCUGGAGCAGCCUGACCCAGCAGAUACACAGGCUCCCCAUAAUGAACCAGGUGUCAGUGUCCAGCAGCAGGGCAGUGUGGUGGAGCAGCAUAACACCCUCUCCGACGAGAGGAAGUUCAUGCUGAACAUGCUGUACGCCAAGAACUCCUCAGCCGGUCCCCUGAAGAGCCCGUCAGGCAUCGACCCUGACCCCAACCUCGACCCCGAGGACAGCCUCUCCGGAGAGGCAGAGGACCGCAGAGGGCUGGGCAGGGCUGGUAGCAUUCUGAAGGAACGUCUAUCCAGCCUCAAGGCCCACCAGGCCCAGCCUCUACCCAGCGAGGACAGCAGCUCCAGGAGGGCAGAGCUGGAGGGUCUGGGUGGCAGUGCCCAGGCGGCGCGGGCCAGGCUGGCAGAGGAGCAGCACCGGCGUGUCCGGCCGCAGUACAGCAUCGACGCGGAGACCCACGCCCGCAGCCUGGAGAACACCCAGAUGACCCCUCUGGCCAGGGACCGACAGACCGAUGCCUGGGACCAGCUCCAACCCAGCUCCAGAGCCCUGAAGAUUAAAGACCUGGACUUCUCUGACCUUAUGGAGGAGGAGGAUAUAGACGUUCUGGACGUGGACGUCUACGACGUGGGGGUUGGUCGGCCUGGUGGUGGAAUCCCACCUCCUCCUCCACCCAUGCCUGGACUAGGCUCCGCCCCUCCUCCUCCUCCUCCUCCUCCUCCUCCCCCCGGGGCUCCAGGUAUGAGUCCCCCUCCUCCUCCACCACCACCUCCGCCUCCUCCUGGAGCUCCCCCUCCUCCCCCUUCCUCCUCCUCCUCCUCCUCCUCCCAGGCUCCAGACCUGGCCUUUGCCAAGAAGAGGAAGACGGUCAAGUUGUUCUGGAAGGAACUCAAACAGUCAGACAGUCCCAGGAAGUGUAAAUUCGGACGCGGGACAGUGUGGGCGUCGCUGGAUAAGGUUACCGUGGAUACGGCCAAGUUGGAACACCUGUUUGAGUCCAAGGCCAAGGAGCUGCCCGUGGCUCUAAAGAAAGGGGCAGAAGUGAAGAAGGCGGAGAUACUGGUGUUAGAUUCUAAGAGAAGUAACGCCAUUAACAUCGGCAUGACUGUGCUGCCAGCUGUCCACAUCAUCAAGACCGCCAUCCUCAACUUUGACGAGUUUGCCAUCAACAAGGAGGGCAUAGAGAAAAUCCUGACGAUGACUCCUAGUGAGGAAGAGAAGCAGAAGAUCCAGGAGGCUCAGCUGGCCAACCCUGACGUCCCCCUGGGCUCGGCGGAACAGUUCCUCCUCACCCUGUCGUCCAUCAGCGGCCUCACCGCUCGACUACAGCUCUGGGCCUUCAAACUCAACUAUGAAACCCUGGAGAAGGAGAUAGCAGAGCCUCUUUUCGACCUAAAACUAGGUAUGGAGCAGCUCGCCAAAAACAAAACCUUUAAGCGCAUCCUAGCAACGCUUUUGGCCAUUGGCAACUUCCUCAACAGCACCAGUGCUAAAGGUUUUGAGCUGAACUACUUGGAGAAGGUGACUGAGGUGAAGGAUACGGUCCACAGACAGUCUCUGCUCCAUCACACCUGUAACUUCAUAGUAGACAACUACACAGACACCUCAGACGUCUAUUCUGAGAUCCCCGCCAUCACACGCUCUGCUAAAGUGGAGUUUGAGCAGCUAUCAGAUAACCUGGUUCAGCUGGAGAGGAAAUGCAAGACAUCGUGGGACAAUCUAAAGGUGAUGUUUAAACACGAGACCAAGCAUCUCCUGAAGAACAAGAUGACGGAGUUCCUUAAAGACUGUACUGAUCGGAUCAUCAUCCUGAAGGUGGUUCACAGACGCAUCAUCAACAGGUUCCAUUCCUUCCUGCUGUACCUAGGUCAGCCAUCCUACUCUGUUCGGGACACUAAGGUGACCCACUUUUGUAUGAUUAUCAGUGAGUUUUCUCUGGAGUACCGGACCACCAGGGAGAGGGUCCUGACCCAGAAACACAAGCGGGCCACCCACAGGGAACGCACCAAGACCAGGGGAAAGAUGAUCACUGAGACGGAGAAGUUCUCUGGGGCGGUCUCUCCCCAGUCCCAGGACAGCCCCUCCCCUGUUUCCAGGCCUGCAGAUCCAGAGCCAGCCCAGGAGGAGCACGAGAACAUGAAGAACAUGCUCAUCACCUCCAGCAGUACCGACCACCAGGGCAACCUGCGCCGCAACCGGGGAUACCGCAGUCUAGGCAGAGUCAGUGCAUGCCAGAUGUCUGUAGCCAAAGAGGACAGUGCCAGCUCCCAGGAUGACGCUACGGAUGAGAUCAUGGAUCGGCUAGUCAAGUCUGUUACCCAGAACCCCACAGAGAGGCCGUCCAGCCCCAAGACACGCAAACGCUCCCGGCUCAACAGGAAGUCGUUGAGGAGGACACUGAAGAGCGGACUAAGUGUUGACGUGGUCCAGGCUCUGGGACUCAGCAACAAGACUGGGGACAAGCUCUGAACACACAGAGACCUACACAGACUGGGGACAAGCUCUGAACACACAGAGAACUACACAGACUGGGGACAAGCUCUGAACACACAGAGAACUACACAGACUGGGGACAAGCUCUGAACACACAGAGAACUACACAGACUGGGGACAAGCUCUGAACACACAGAGAACUACACAGACUGGGGACAAGCUCUGAACACACAGAGAACUACACAGACUGGGGACAAGCUCUGAACACACAGAGAACUACACAGACUGGGGACAAGCUCUGAACACACAGAGAACUACACAGACUGGGGACAAGCUCUGAACACACAGAGAACUACACAGACCUACACAGACUGGGACAAGGUCUGAAGACAGACAGACUGAGACCGUUCUACAGUACACACACAGUACUACCACACACACA